AUGACGACGCUGCUGCCAAGGGUUUCCCCCGAUAUGCGACGAGGAGAGAGGAAGGGUAGCCCCGACGCCCUCCAGGAAGGUCCGGCGGCACCCUCAGGCGCCACCACGUCGGUGUCGGCCAAGCCAACAGGGAUUUCUCCCGAUCCCAGCCUCUACCUCAGGCGCUUCGGAGCUCGCCACCAAACCGACCACCACCCUGCGCCAACACGGACACGAAGCUUCCCACACGCUGUCUCACCACGGCACCGCGAAGAUGAGAGCGUCGCGGUCGCACCGGAGCCGACCCGCAAGGACCCAGAAGGGACCCUACGGGCCCAGAUCUGGGCCAGGGACGAGCCACCGGCCGGCCAGCACCACCGGACCGCCCCGCAAGGACCCAGAAGGGACCCUACGGGCCCAGAUCUGGGCCAGGGACGAGCCACCGGCCGGCCAGCACCACCGGACCGCCCCGCCGCCAAGAGGCGGCACCACCACGGCGAGCGCCGCCGGCCUCCACACCAGGACGCCGGAUCGCCACCGGCCGAGGCGCACCGCCGCCGGCCAUCACCGCCCGAGCAGGGGAGGGCCGCGCGCGGGGAGCCGGGGAAGGGCAUGCCCACCGCCGCCAGCAUCACGCGGCCGAGGACCGGCGGCGCACGCUGA